AUGCUAGGCGCUGCGGCCCCUGUUCUUUGCAAGCGGAGACGGGCCUGGCCCGAGCGUCCGGCCAGCGGCCGCCCCGCACGGGAGCCGCGUUCGCAGGCGAUGGCCGCUGGCCCCUGUCGCUCUCGCUGCUCGCAGGGUGCGGUGGCGGAGAGGCAACGGAGGGUGGCCCCGCUGGCGGCGACUUCGUCGGCCGAAGCGGGAGAGGAGCCGCUCCUCAGGGGCAUCUUCGAGAUCAGCAAGAGGAGCUGCGACGUGGUGCUGAGCGCCCGGCGGCUCCGCUGGAGCCCCAUCCUGCCCGAGAGCCCCACAGGUGAUUCCAGUAUGGUUUUACAGGCACAAGAAGAGAUUAUUGAAAUGAAAGAUGUAUUUUCAGUAAAACUGAAACGUCGUCGUUUUGCAGGACAAAAAAAUGGUGGUACUUUGUUGGGUAUCACAAUUUUUAAAUGCUUGAAUAAAGAGGAGAAUAAAUUAACAGACUGUGCCAUCCAUUUAAAUAACUUAAGUGAAGAUCAUUGUCAUUCAUGGUUUAGGCAUCUAAAGGAUAUUUUGAAUGGCUUUCAAAGUAGACCAAAAUCCUUAAAAGUGUUUGUUAAUCCAAGGAGUCACAAAAAAGAAGCCAGUCAUGUUUAUUAUGAGCAAGUUGCACCUCUUUUUAAGCUUGCUGACAUCAAAACAGAUGUCACAGUGACUGAAUAUGAAGGGCAUGCUCUCUCGGUGCUUAAAGAAUGUGAACUCCAGGCAUUUGAUGGGGUAGUUUGUGUUGGUGGAGAUGGAUCUGCCAGUGAAGUUGCUCAUGGUCUACUACUUAAAGCCCAGAUAGAUGCUGGAAAAAACACAGACUAUAUAGCAAAGCCUGUUAAAGCACCGGUUCCUCUUGGACUAAUACCAGCAGGUACUACUAAUAUUUUGGCUCACACUCUCUGUGGUAUUAAGCAUGCAGUGACUGCAACGUUGCACAUUGUACUGGGACAUAUUCAACCAGUGGAUGUCUGUACUUUCAGUACUCCAAGCAAGCUGUUGCGGUUUGGGUUCUCAGCUAUGUUUGGUUUUGGUGCAAGGACUCUAGCGUUGGCUGAAAAACACCGUUGGAUGCCCGCCAAUCAGCGGAAGGAUUUUGCUUUUAUCAAAACAUUGGCAGAUCUCAAGCCCGAGGAAUGUGAAUUGUCAUUUCUACCGGUACAAACUGCACAGGGAGAGCCUCAUGAGAAUGACAGAAAGAAGAAAGAGAAAACUAAAAAAAAGGGUAGCAAGAAUCAAUGGCACAAAAUUCAGGGUCACUUCCUGAAUGUGAGCAUCAUGGCAAUCCCUUGUCUGUGUUCAAUGGCACCAAGAGGCUUGGCACCUAAUACGAGGUUGAAUAACGGAAGCAUGGCUCUUAUUCUUGUACAAAAUACUUCUCGGACAGAAUUUAUAAAACAUCUGAAAAGAUAUGCUAGUGAAAGAAAUCAGUUUAAUUUUCCCUUUGUUGAGACCUACACGGUUCAAGAAGUAAGAGUACAACCAAGGCUUAGAAAUGGGCUUGAUGCCAAAGACAAUACAUGUAUGAAUGCUGCUUCUGCAGAAGGACAUCACCCUUGGAAUAUAGAUGGAGACCUAAUGAAAGAAGCAUCGGAAGUUCAUGUUCGGGUGCAUCCUCAACUGAUCAGUCUCUAUGGAGUGAACACUGAUGACCUGGAGAGUUCCCAAGCAACAUGCAAUUGCAUAUAG